AUGUACCCACUCUCCAAAUUCGGCAUUUUCAAGGAUACCAAAUUCCACGGAAAGCCAAUUCAAUAUCCUGCGUACAUGAUGACUUCCGAUAAUUUCUCGAGCCGAAAGUACGCAAACACCAGCCACCGCCGACUGAAGAAUGUCUGCGUGAUCAUGGAAUGGAUCCCUGAUGUGGCA